CGAUCGUCUUGGCACUCGUCUCUUCUUACCUUCUCUGAGAGCUGCUGGCCUUGCCUCAAACUGUUUCCCCUUCCCUUCUCCCCAUUCUGUGCAUACCACUCUAUCAUUCUCCCUUCCUGUCUCUUUCUUGUUUAGUCACUUUCAGUUCCCAUCAUCCGUUUCUAAACUCGACUCGGCGUCGUUGUACCAUUUCUUUGCUGUCAAAUCCGUGACAGCAUCCCUUCUUUGGCCUUCUAUUCUUCUUAAUAAGGCACCUGGCGUGCUUCAACUUCAACCUUUCGGUGCUACUAACUUGCUUGCCGAAGAGGGUCCCCCUUCUUUAAUAAUCAUGUCUUCAGAAAAGGUCUACCGGUCCGUACCUCACGAGGAGGAGGAAGUCGAGAGUCUCGCCGGGAGCCUCAACACGGAGAGCACGGAAAACGUAGAGGCCGCCACAGCAGGAAACGAGCCGACAUGGAGGCGGAUGAGGCUCGGCGAUGAGCACCCGUGCAAAGAGAAGGCGCGCCGGCUUCUGCGGUAUUGGCCUUGGGCUCUUCACGCCGUGCUUUUGACGACAUCUGUCACGCUGUUUGCGGCAUCAUUCUGCCUGCGCUAUGGCAACACCAAUAAGGACGAUACUUGGGUGACGGAGAAGUACUCAUCAUGGUCCCCCGCUGCAGGAAUCAUCAAGUACCACACCGAAAGGUACAACCUGACGCCCAUUAUGGACUGGUCGCCGUUUGUCGGUGCUGGAUACGAGAUCGAUAGAGCAUGGGAUCACAUCACAAACAACAUCGGCGACCAGAUGAUCUCGCGCGCCGAGCUCGACAAGCUCGGUCUCGACCCCAAGUCAAUCAAGACCACCAACGCCGUCACCGGCGAGGAAGGCUACCGCGUCGGCCUCGAAGUCUUCCACCAGCUUCACUGCCUGAACCUGCUCCGUCAAGCUACGUAUCCCGAGUACUAUUCAAGGAAAGAAGUCGGCGGUGACGUGGCCGUUGAGCACAAGGACUUGAGAGGACACCUGAACCACUGCAUCGAAGCCCUGAGGCUGAACCUGAUGUGCGAGGCCGAUAUUGGCGUCUUUACCUUCAAGAUGUACCCGGAUCUCCCGCUUGAGGGCCACUGGCCCGACUUCAGCACGCUACACACCUGCCGCAACUUCAACGACAUCCGGGACUGGGCGCUGACCCAUUCGGUGACGUUUGAGAAUGAGGAAUAGGCUUUUUCGGCACAACCCCAGUUGGAAGGAAUCGAAAACGAGAUUUGAGUUGCGGAAAGGUGGUGGGCAAGGCAGGGUAACAUAGCAAGGGUACACCUUCAUAUAUAGUAAAAAGCAUAACAGCGGCAAUGCAGACCGCAUACGAAUAACAUUUUCCCAAGGGACAAAUAAAGCCUCAGCAAAGUUUCCUGUCCCAGCGGUACGCCUCAAAUCUUGUCGUGGAGGAUGCAGAGGGUUCUCGAGCUUGCUG